UAUCUUCAUAUCUAUUUCUUCCCUUUAUAUACUCUUUGUAUUUCUUUCUUCCUCCUCUUAACCGAGCCUCUGUAAUUUCCAUUUUUUCAGAAUUAGGGUUUUUGAACCAGAGAUGGCGUCUUCAUCAUGGUUUUCGAAAAGAGAUAGUAAUAGUAAUCAGGAUAGGAUAAAAGGGCCAUGGAGUCCAGAAGAAGAUGAAUCAUUAACGAAACUAGUUCAGAAACAUGGACCAAGGAAUUGGUCGUUGAUAAGUAAAUCAAUACCAGGGAGAUCAGGUAAAUCAUGUAGAUUAAGAUGGUGUAAUCAAUUAUCACCACAGGUUGAACACAGAGCUUUUACUUCUGAAGAAGAUGAUACUAUUAUCAGAGCUCAUGCUAAGUUUGGAAAUAAAUGGGCAACAAUUGCUCGAUUGUUAUCCGGUAGAACUGAUAACGCUAUAAAAAAUCAUUGGAAUUCUACAUUGAAGAGGAAAUGUUCUUCUAUGUUGGAUGAUGGAAGUGGUAGUGAGGGUGGUGGCGGUGGUUGUAAUGAAGAGCCGCCAUUGAAAAGAUCAGUAAGUCUUGAUGCUGCUCAGCCUAAUUUCUCAGGUGGAGGGAUAUUUUUUAAUAAUGAUAAUAAUCCUGGUAGUCCUUGUGGAUCUGAUUUGAGCGAUUCUAGUCUUCCUCCUGCUACUCUGUUAUCUUCUUCGCAUAUUUUUCGACCUGUCGCGCGAGCUGGUGCAGGUGUAGUUUCUCCGAUGCAAACGACAUCGAAUUCGAUCUCUUCAGCAAUGAAUGAUCCACCAACUUCACUGAGUUUAUCGCUUCCUGGGUCUGAUUCUUCUUGUGACGGUUUUAAUCAUAUUUCUGGUUCUACUCUUAGUAGAAUGAAUGGUUCUGAUUCUUCAAAUGAUGGUUUUAAUCAUGUUAAGGUGAACCCUACUAAUCAACAGCUACAAAUUGUUAUCCCAUCACCACCACCAGCACCACAAGUUCAAUUGCAGCAGAGCACUACUCCUCUGCCACCACCAACACCAACACAAGUCCAGCCGAAUCAGUUUACAGAUAUGAGAUCAUCAUUAGUAAGAAAUCAAGAUAUCGAGAAACCAUUUCCUCAUUUCAAUUCUGAGUUUUUAUCUGUAAUGCAAGAAAUGAUUAAGAAAGAAGUGAGAAGUUAUAUGUCCGGAUUAGAACAGAGUGGUGGAUUUUGUUUCCAAGGUGGUGAUGGAGGGAUAAGAAAUGUUGGGGUUAAAAGAAUUGGUGUUAGCAAAAUUGAGUAGGAAGAGAAGAAUCAAAUUUGAAGAACAAAAACACAGUGAAAAGAGAAGAGGACAUUUGGAGAAGAAACAUUUUGAUUUUUUUUUUUGUAAUAUACAUAAAAGAAAAAUUUAGCUAGGUUUUAUCAAGAUAAAGAAGUUAGUUUUAGAGUCAUUUUAAGAUGAAAUCAUCAUCUUCCUUGAGCAAAUGACAAGCUUAACAAUGUUAAAGCUGCUUCCUUUUUAAAAAAUCACUGUUUGACAAAAUUCAAAAUAUUGAGAACCAUUUUACUUGGAGGUUUCAGGGUUCAGGGCUGAAAAUUCUAAAAA